AUGUCCUUCUUUGACAAUCGCUACUAUUAUCUUAACAAAAGAUUUCUGAUCAUAAUCGGCCAAUGGCCAUUUCAGUCGCGACUGGAGAGUAACAUGAUGUUCGCAAUUACAUCUUUGUUCAUUUAUAGUUUGACAGUCUUUGAGAUAUGGGCCUUAGCAGCUGGAAUAACAGAUCUGAGCAUCAUUAUGGAAAACGUUUCGCUGUUACUGGUGAAUAGUCUCGUCAUUAUAAAGCUCGUCAAUUGCAUAUUUACGAAUGACAAACUACAGAUGAAAGAACUUUUGGAGGACAUCGAAGAGACAUGGAAGAUAAAACAUACAGAUUCAGAGAAAAAAAUAUUACAGCAUUACGCAGAGAAAAGCAGAAUGUUCACGAUACAAUACGCGACUGCUAUGUACGUGCUAUGGCUUUUCUAUACUACUCCACCGAUCAUUGUUAGUGAGAUAUACACGCUUUUACCUACAAACGAAACGUACACUGCCAAGUUUCUAUAUCGUAUGGACCAUGUUCUUGAUAUAGACAAAUAUUUCAAUAUAAUGAUGCUUCACGGAUUUAUUAGCGUAUUCUACAUAGCUUGUGUGCUGACAGCCAUCGACACAAUGUUUACAUUUUAUACUCAGCAUGUCUGCGCGUUGUUCGAAUGCUUACGAUUUUCUGAUGUGUUCUUAUCUAUCUAUGCAAUAUCAUUUCUCUUUCAACUGGGCAAUGUAAUUAUAUCGUUGAGCUUCGGCGCGGCUGUGUUAAUAACGAUAGACCUUCAACUGGACGCAAUUAUCAGAAUUCUUUCUUCUAAUUUAGCGCAAUUGAUACAUAUAUAUUUCCUAUGUUUCAUUUCUCAAGGAUUGAUUGAUCACAGCAGCGAUUUCCAAAACGUAAUUUACAGCUGCGAUUGGUAUAAGAUUUCGAGGAGAUCGAAACAGCUCUUGAAAUUUACUUUGCUGCGUACUACUAAGCCGUGCCAAAUAAUAGCUGGUAAAAUGUUUAUAAUGUCGAUGGAGAAUUUUAGCUCGAUCUUAAAAAUAUCUUUAUCGUACUUCACAAUGCUUACGUCACUACAACAAGUAUCAUAA